CUUCGUGUUUAACGUUUAAGGCUCGCAGUGGAUACGUGUCGUUAAUUUAGCAUACGUUUGAAGUACCAAUUGUUUGGUACCCUUUUCUGGGAGCGCAUUUUGUGUCUUGUUUUUGUGUAUGUUGCUUCAAUGGCAGUAGAGACGAUUCUUGGAUUGGUGGCCCUCGUGGUCGUUCCCCUGGUCUCGAGUGAGGUGUGUUACUACGGGAACGAGCCCGACCCCAGCCACGGCAACAAACUCCGAUGGGUGCUGCCGGUCCGCGACCCCUGCCGAUGCACCGUCAUCCGCAUCGGUGGAAUGAACUCGGUGACUCCGAAACGAGCGUUUCAACCAAAGUACGAGGAUCAACCUUUCACCACCAAGGAUGUUACUGAAAUACGCAAGAAGUUCAACUGUAGCGACGUUACACAACCGACCAACCCCGCUGACUGUCAGGCCAUAAAGGAAAGUGGUCAAGGCAUGAGUGACAUGUACACCAUCUAUCCAAGCCAGUAUUCAAAUGGUAUCGAUGUUUAUUGCAACAAUGGAUGGAUGGUUUUCCAGAGACGCGUGGACGGAACGGUGAGUUUCACCCGCAGCUGGGCCGAGUAUAGGGAUGGUUUCGGUGACAAGGAAGGGUCGUUCUGGCUGGGGAACGAGAUCCUCCGUCGUCUCACUGAACCUGUAGCUGGGGAGCAGGGAUGGCAGAUGAGUGUGAGGCUAACAACCAAUGAUGGACGCCAACAGUAUGGGGUGUAUAAUGAUUUUCGUGUCGAUGGAGAGAACUACACUCUUCAUGUUGGUGAAUUUCAAGCUGAUCCCGAUAACCCUUUGGCUGACUGUCUGUCCCCUCCUCCCGGCGGUGAACCACCAUCCAACGGACAGCCCUUCACGACGUACGAUCAGGACAACGAUGCCGAACCCGAUCUGAACUGCGCCGAUGAGUUGAAGGGAGGUUGGUGGUUCAAUCGAUGCACAGAGACAGGCUGGGGUGUCGGGCGGCACAGUAACCUGAACGGCGAGUAUUCUCAGAUACCCCCAGCCGAUAAGUACGGCCGCGGCAUCGUGUGGAGCACCAUCUACCAUCAAAUAACGCGCACUGUAAUGAAAAUACGUCGUCGUGAUGGUUGAAAGGAAAUACAAAUUUUGGAAUAUUACCCAGAUUUAAAAAUCAAACUAUAUUUUAAUCUAUUAAAUCAAAGAAAUCUUAUAAAAAAGACGUUUCUGGACUCGCCUUAAAAUCUCAUUAUAUCAUCCUCACUCAUCAAAAGAAAAACAAGAUACGAUUCAGAAAAUAACUCGAAUAGUUAUUUUGAUCGAAUAUUGGACUCUACAAGAAUAAAAAUCGAUGUUGGACUUUUUAACUAAAAUUAUACUUAAAUUUAUAAUUUACAAUGAAUCUUUAUAAGAGUAGGUUUCUGGACUCCAGAUUGCCCGUCUUGCAAUUUCAUUAUCUCAUUCUCACCCAGCAGAAGAAAAAAACCAGGAUACAAUAUUGAAAAUAAAUCGAAUAUAGUUAUUUUGAUCAAAUAUUGGACUCUAGUUAUCUUCCCAGAUACCUCCCGAAGAUGAGUACGACCGCGGCAUCGUGUGGAGCCUCAUCUACCAGCAAAUAACGCGCACUAAAAUGAAAAUGCGACGUAACAAAAUAUUUAUCGUUUAAAGACCUGCUUGAACGAAAAUGUC